UGCCCUGCCCAGCUGUGUGCACUCUUCGUCCAGCUGUGUGCGCACGUCGGGAGUCCUAGCCAUGUCCACGGAGGGAGAGGUAGCCGAGGUGACCGCCGAGGUGGCCUCCGAGGCGGCCCCGGCCGCUUCGCCGCCGCCGCUGCGCUACCUGGUUGUCACUGGCUUCGGCGGCUACGACAAGGUGAAGCUGCAGAGCCGGCCGCCCGCGCCUCCGGCCCCGGGACCCGGCCAACUGACGCUGCGCGUCCGGGCCUGUGGGCUCAACUUCGCGGACCUUAUGGCCCGGCAGGGGCUGUACGACCGGCUGCCGCCCCUGCCCUACACUCCAGGCAUGGAGGGUGCGGGAGUCGUGACCGCAGUGGGCGAGGGAGUCAACGACCGCAAGGUAGGGGACCGGGUGCUGGUCUUGAUCCGAUCGGGCAUGUGGCAGGAGGAGGUGACUGUGCCCUCAGCCAAUACCUUCCUGAUGCCUGAGGCCAUGACCUUUGAGGAAGCUGCUGCCUUGCUGGUCAAUUAUAUCACAGCAUACAUGGUCCUGUUUGACUUUGGCAACCUGCGGCCUGGCCACAGCGUUUUGAUACACAUGGCUGCAGGGGGUGUGGGUAUGGCCGCCUUGCAGCUGUGCCGUACAGUGGAGAAUGUGACAGUGUUUGGAACAGCUUCAGCCAGCAAGCACGAGUUGCUGAAGGAGAACGGGCUCACAUACCCCAUUGACUACCACACAACUGACUACGUGGAUGAGAUCAAGAAGAUCUCCCCCAAAGGCGUGGACAUCGUCAUGGACCCUCUUGGUGGGUCAGAUACUGCCAAGGGCUACAACCUCCUUAAACCCAUGGGCAAAAUAAUCAUCUAUGGAAUGGCCAACCUGGUGACGGGCCCCAAGCGGAACCUGAUGGCCAUGGCACGCACAUGGUGGAAUCAGUUCAGCUUGACAGCUCUGCAGCUGCUGCCAGCCAACCGGGCUGUGUGUGGCUUCCACCUGGGCUACCUGGAUGAUGAGGUGGAGCUGGUCAGUGGGGUGGUGGCCCGCCUCCUGGCUCUGUACAAUGAGGGUCACAUCAAACCUCACAUUGACUCUGUGUGGCCCUUUGAGAAGGUGGUGGAUGCCAUGAGGCAGAUGCAGGAGAAGAAGAAUGUGGGCAAAGUCAUCCUGGUGCCUGGGCCAGAGAAGGAGAACUAGGACGGGGCUGGGAGAUCUUCCGGACCCGGGAGGAGAGAAGCUGGGAAGCCAUGUUAUGUUGGCCGCCAGACCCUUGCAUUUCAUCCUCUACCAUAAUGCUCUGCCCUCUCUUUCCCAAAGGUCUCCGUGGUGAUGACCUCUCCCCUGCCCUGUUCUUUCUCUUUAGCCAGCGAUGCCCCCACCCUCCUUCCUGCCCUCUGAAGAGGUUGGGAAGUGACCACUUGGAUGUCUGGGCCCUGCCCAGGGGACAGGGAGGGUCAGAGGGAGACCGGCUGCUUCCUGCCCCCACCCUUUCCCUGGGCCUGCUGUGCUGCUCCUGUGCCAAGGCCAAUCCCUUCCCGUUUUGUUCUAUGUGUUUCUGCUUCUGCCUCAUCUCCCCUCCUGCCCUUGCCCCUCUACCUCCCCCAAAGAAUUCAAAUGUCAGCUCAGGAUAUGGGGCCAAUCUGUGUGAGUCCAGCAUGUCCCUGUUUCACCCUAAUGUCCCUUCAGCCCGGGCUGACCUGUGCCCACCUCUGAACUCCUUUGCCACAUUGCAUGGCCUCAUCAUCUUGUCCCUAACUUCUUAAGCACAACUUGGCUUCUUCCACCUCCAGGUUUUCUGCCACUCUUAACCAAGGUUGCCUCUUACAACAGGACAGGAAUCACACCUUCUCCCCUAGGUCAUGACUCUGUGGGAGGGACACAGAGCUCCCCCUUCCUCACUGAGUUCUCUGAAUUUGUUCUCAGUGCCUUAGCAAUGGAAAUCUUGUGCUUAUGUAUGUGGUGGGGGGCCCUGUCUCACACCUCCUUCUCCACCCUUGUACCCCCGCCCCAGUGCCUUCCUUGUUCUGGUGGAGCUGGGGUUUUGCUGCUGCCCAGUCCCACAACACUGCCAAAAAUCUGUGUGUGUGCCAGUGUCGGGAGCAGGGGCAGCCCCUAACCUCCUAGGUUCUGUGCCAUGUCUUGUCUCUCUUUGGGGCUGUCAUUUCUCUAUCGGUGGUUGAAGAGACAGAGAUGGGGACAUUUUCUCAGCUUUGCUGAUAAGUGUGGCAUUUACCAGCCAGAGCUCGGGAGGCAAUGCUGUCUAUUUCUUGUUCUGGGACCAAAGUGAAAAUUAAGGCACAUCCCCAUGCAGUCAUGGGAGGCUCCUGCCCCUGCCUUCUCAGAGCACAGAGGCACCUUUUCAAACUCAGCCCCAAACUUCGUUUACAUGGGUGGGGAAAUGGAGAAGGGGAGUAAAACGGGGUGGUGGGGGUCAAGACAUGGGCCCCUGGAACCAAAGUGGGGACUUCCUGGGGUAGAGGUGUAACUCCCUCUGCUCUCUGAGCUGGAAUUAGGAAGGGUUAUUGCCCCAGCCAUUGCCAAUGGGAGGUGGCGGGUGGGGCUGGGCCUCUUCAGUGUCUAAAUGAGGCCUAAACAGUGUGAAGUGUGACUUCUGUGUUGUGUACUCCAUCCCAUUACCGAAGCUGCCUUUGCGUUUGUGUCAAUAAAAAGCCAAACCCUG